AAAAGUGGGAGGAGGGAGAGAGACAGACAGAUUAAAAGAGAGGGUCAAAGAGGAAUAACAGACAGGAAAAAGAACAAAGACCAAUUAAAAGCCGGGAAAGAGCUUUUGAGAGGGAAGAAAAAAAAUUUUUUAAGAAAACGAAAAGUUGAAGAGAACGCAAACCAGAUGGCCAGAUCUAUCCACUCAUUGAGGAUGUUGUAGAGGCUGUCUUCCUGUUCGGGCACACAGUAGAGGUGCCGGUGCUCCUCCUUGCAGCCUGAGGAGAGAUGGGUGACUGGAGCUUCCUCGGGGAGUUCCUGGAAGAGGUCCACAAACAUUCCACAGUGGUCGGCAAAGUCUGGCUGACUGUCCUUUUCAUCUUCCGCAUGCUAGUGCUGGGCACAGCAGCAGAGUCCUCUUGGGGGGACGAGAAAGCCGACUUCCAGUGCGACACGUUGCAGCCUGGCUGUGAAAACGUCUGCUACGACCAAGCCUUCCCCAUCUCCCACAUCCGAUACUGGGUGCUGCAAAUUAUCUUCGUCUCCACGCCUUCCCUGGUAUACAUGGGCCACGCAAUGCAUACGGUACGCAUGGAGGAGAAGCGAAAGGUGAGGGAGGCGGAGAGGGCCAAGGAGUCCAAGGGCACAGACACCUACGAGUACCAGGCAGCCAAGGCUGAGCUGUCCUGCCGGGAGGAGCUGAGCGGAAGGAUCAUCCUUCAGGGUACCCUGCUCAAUACCUAUAUCUGCAGCAUCCUCAUCCGCACCGCCAUGGAGGUGGCUUUCAUCGUGGGCCAGUAUUUCCUCUAUGGCAUCUUCCUGGAAACCCUGCACAUCUGCCGCCGGAAACCCUGCCCCCACCCUGUCAACUGCUACGUGUCCCGGCCCACGGAGAAGAACGUUUUCAUCGUAUUCAUGCUGGCUGUGGGGGGUCUGUCCCUCUGCCUCAGUCUGGCUGAACUCUACCAUCUGGGCUGGAAGAAAGCCAAGCGCCACUUCACCCAGGCUUGCCCUGGCAGGGUGGAGGCCAUCCUGCCUCCUCCUCGGCCCGAGGUGGUCCAGAAUUGCACGCCACCCCCAGACUUUAAUGAGUGUGUAGAGGGCGGCUCCAGUGGGAAGUUCUACAGCAGCCAUUUCAGCAAUAACAUUGCCUCCCGGCAGAAUACAGACAACUUGGCAACCGAGCAAGUCCAGGGCCGGGAGGAGGCCGCAGGGAGGGCUUUUCUGCACAUGCAAUACGCCGAGGAGCCCGAGGUGGCUAAUGGGGUUUCCAACGCCCACCGCCUCCCCCAUAGUUACCACAGUGAUAAGCGCCGCCUGAGCAAGGCUAGCAGCAAGGCCAGGUCAGACGACCUGUCGGUGUGAUCGUGCUCAGGAUGGUGGCAGGGGGUGUGGGGGGAGGGGGAGGGCUGGGAAUAGGGAUGUAUGUCCAUGUUGAGCCUGUGCAUUAGGUAGGGGUCCUCAGUGUCCUCUCCUGGCUGCCCUGCUGGUUUGUUUGUUUGUUUGUUUGUUUUUUUGAGGCAGCUCUGAUCAUAAUAACCUUGCUCCUUUCUCCAGAAAUGGGGCAAUAUAGAGCAAGGGGGGAAGUUGGGCGCCAUACGUGUGGCGGGGGGCCAUCAAAGGAGCUCCCUCCUUAUCUUCACACACACUGAAGGUACACAGUAAGGACAUUUCAAGAGGCCUGAAGUGGGGCAGAUUGGGGCUGGGGAGCAAUUGUGGGAUGGGAUACUUUGCAAAAUCAUUCAGGAUUCCAAGAUUUUGAUUUAUGCCACCAGACAAAGGGCAUGCUGUUUGCCCGCUUUGCUAAGAACAUGCAAGAGGGCCCAGAGCAGCCUUCAGAACCUCAGCUAGCCCACUCAUCCCCAUGCUUACCACAGCUUUACAAGUACCACCUUGGCAAGUCUUGGUGAAAUGCCUGGACCCACUGAGUCUUCUAAGUUUUCUCAGCGUUACUUAUUCCCACUGAAGUUGGUCUGUGAGAUCCAUAUAUAGAUCCCAUAUAGAUCCCAGCCCAUAGCGUGGGCCUGGCCAGCUUUGAUCAGUCAGGUUUACCAAGGUGCUGUCUUCCCAAGGCUGCCCUUUUGGGUAGAAGUUAGGGCCCACAUAUUGUCUUGGUGUCUCCCUUUCCUCUUCCUGACUUAAAAACAGGCUCUUGGGCCCUUAAUCUUGGCCAAUAGCUUCACUUUUGCAAGUGCCUCUACACCAAUGCCUGACUUUGUGAUAUCAGAAGGAAAUACUUUCUUGGUUAUGUUGCCUACCCAGGGAUAUGUUCAUUCUACCAGUGUGCCUGCCUCUGCACUAGUUUACUGAGCAAAUUGACUUUACUUGAAUGUUGGAAACCACCCACAUUCCAACUUUCUUUGCAUCUCAAUCAGUUGUUAGAGGCUCUUCUUUCUUCUCCCUACUCUAGACUGCUUCACAUGCCCCAUCCUCUCCAAGAACCAAAGGUCAUGUCAAUAGGAAUGCAUAUGGGGAAUCAUAGUUCCACCAGUGAUCCUUCUUUGGGAUACUGAUCGCCAGCGGUGUCUCUCCACAUCUUUAUGAAAACAAAUUCCAAAGGGGCAUCAUAGUUCUCAGAGAUAGAUCCAAAUCCUAUUGCUAUGAACCAAAAAGAGAGGUUGGCAGGAGGUGGGGGUGGGGGUGAGAGGUGGAGGAAACACACUGGAAAGGUCCACUCUGCAUCCUCCAUCUUAUUUCUCCAGAAGACUUUCAAGUUGGUGCCCAUGGGAAGUACUAGAUCACCAGCUGUGUGGAGGCAUCCAGUUCUGUGAUCUCCCUGAAGAAGUUUGGUUUGAGGACAGCAGUAACAAGGAUUUCCUGUACUCCCGUUGGAAGGGGCCAGGACUGGGGAUAUGGAAGUUCUAUUCUUUCUCCUAAAGCACCUAUUUGUUUGAUCCAGGGUGGUCUAUGGAAGAAGUCGUCUUGUUGCUGCACAGAUCUGCCUACUUAGGCCAUCCUUUGGGGGUGGUCACCAAACCAGGUGGACGAGGACUUCCAAAACUGGACUCUGGUAUUCAGAGAGGAAAGACAUCCUCUGCAUUUCUGCCCACCCACCACUCCCAAUACGUUUUUAGCCUAAGUGCCUAAGGGGGUCUGCAUAAGUGAGGUAGGGUCCAAAGACAGGGCUUAUGAGCCUAACCAAAUAAAGAAAGAACUAGUCAUUUCUGGCUUCAAAUGCAACUCUUAGGUGUUACAAUUCCUCUUUAUCUCUUGAUGCUCUUUUGAUUUGGGGAGUUUCUCUUUUUCCCUUUCUGUCUCUGGUUUUAUGAAUUGUUUUUUCUUGAAUUAGACACUCUGUGAGGC